AUGCUCAUCUCUGGCACAGUGAUGCCCCCCGAAGCAGGAUGCCCCAGCCCUCAGGGCCCCCCUGGCCCACCACCGCCCCUGCUGCCCAAGCCAGGCAAGGACAACCUGCGUCUGCAGAAGCUGCUGAGGAAGGCAGCCUGGAAGAAGAUGGGCAUUGGGGGGACACUUUCCCCACCUGGGGCCUUCCGUGCCUCCCUGUCCCCCGUGAGCGAGGCAAGCCACGACCAGGAGGCCACCACCCCGCAGGCCACCACCCCGUGGGCCGCCACGUCACGGGCCAGCACCUUGCACGCCGCUACCCCACGUGCCACCACCCAGCGUGCCACCACCCCAUGCCCUGCCGAGGGCCCCCACAUGGUGGCCGCCUCAUCCCACUCCCUGCACACACCCGUCAUCCACCACGUGGCGCCACCCCUGCAGAAGUCCACUUUCUCCUUCAGCCUCACACAGCGCAGAAGCCUGGCUGCCCACUUCAAGGCUGCAGAGCCCACCCAGCCCCUUGGCUACUAUGCCCCCAUCUCAGCCCCGGUGGCGGGGGGCACCCAUGUCAGCCAGGUGCAGAUCCGGCUCAGCCCGUCCCUGAGCACUGGGACCCCCGAGCUCCCCAGGACUGACAGAGAUGCAGCCUUGAAUACCCCCAGUCCCCAGCCGCUGAUUCCCAUAGCCCACAUCCGCCCACUGCCCACUGGGGCCCAGGUCACCAACCCCCAGCCUGAGGAGACCCCUGUGCCCAGGACUCCACCUGGUUUCCAGGCCUCUGUGCCCAGAGAAGCCAGCACUCGGAUGGUGGUGCCCAUAGCGCCCCCCUUCCACUCCUCGGGAUCCCUGGCUCACAGCCUGGCCCCUGAGGCCUCUGAACUGCAACCCACGGAGAAGCGCCCCGUGGCUGGCCCCGGGGAUGAGGCCAAGCAAGUCUGCAGUCCCCACGGGGUCUCGUCUCCUGCUCUGCCCUCAGGCCCCCAUCCCUGCCCUGUUCCCAGAGUGGCGUCCAAGCCCAGGCUCAGUGGCUGGACACGCCUAAAGAAACAGCUCAUGGUGGAAGAGGUGGAGCCCCCAGCCCAGAGCCCGGCACAGAGUCCUGGGGCCACGCGGCAGGAAAAGGUUGCACCUGCCCUCCCAGCGCCCCGACCCCCCACCUUCCGGGCCUCCAAGAUGUGGGACGCUGUGCUGUACCACAUGUCAGUGGUCGGGGACCAGAGCCGCACGGCAGGGCCUGGCGAGGGAACACGCACCCUGACCAGCAUGUCUCGGCUCCCCUUUCUGUGCCGACCCCGCUUCAACGCCCGCAAGCUGCAGGAGGCUGCCGUGAGGCCCCCACCCAAGGCCCUUCCUGCCCUGCGGCUGAGCCCCCAGCCCGAGAACUUCAACCGGACUGCAGCUGGCUGGCGGCUCCAGUGA